CGGCGUUCCAGCAGCAGUCUCCCAAAGCCGACCGACGGCAGAGCAGAGAGCGCCGCGGAGGACGCGGAGCGAGCGACCGCAGAGACAGCUUCCCAGGGCAGCCAUGGCGGCGCCGUUAGCCCACUUCGACGAGGACUGGCAGGACUUCAACGAGUUCCAGCCGUCGUCGGAGUCGGCCGAGCAGCUGGACCAGCUGAACUCCAACGCGGGCGACCCGUCGGGCCUAGACGACUUCUCCGAUGCGGACAACAGCUUCUCCGGGGACAUCUGCAGCUUCAAGUCGAUGGAGGACCUGGUCCACGACUUCGACGAAAAGCUAACCGUGUGUUUCCGAAACUACAACACUACGACGGAGAACAUCGCUCCGGUUAAACCCAUGACGGAGGAGAACUACCUGAAAGACGACGAGGUCUGGAACGCUUUGACGAACAACUACGGCAACGUGAUGCCUGUGGACUGGAAGACGUCCUACACCCGCUCCCUGCACCUGCCGGCCCUCAAGCUCACAGCGCAACAGGGGCAGAAGGCGGAGACCCAGUCUUUGGAUCUGUCCGACGACGACGACGAGGAGCUGCGGGAACAGCUGGACAUGCACUCCAUCAUCGUCUCCAGCAUCAACGAGGAGCCGCUCUUCACUGCUGAACAGGUGAUAGAGGAGAUCGAAGAGAUGAUGCAGGAGUCCCCCGACCCGGAAGACGACGAGAGUCCCUCCCAGUCCGACCUGUCCAUGCUCUCCCAGGACCUCGGUGGCAUGAAGCGAUCCGGAUCCAACACGAGCUUCGAGGAACGGCUUCGUCAGCUCUCUGUGCCGGAGCUCGCCCGGACCCUGGAGGAAGUGGAGGCGGCCAUCCGUCGCUACAGCGAAGAGCUGAUCCAGGCUCUGGCCCUGCGAGACGAACUAGACUUCGAGAAGGAGGUGAAGAACAGCUUCAUCUCGCUGCUGAUCGACGUGCAGAACAAGCAGAAGGAGCACCGCGAGCUGCUGCGCAAGAAGAAGAAGAUCAGGAGCACGACCACGACGGGGCCCAACGGCCAGAGGACGAACAGCACGCACAUACCCGGCACGCUCCUCACUCUGGAGGGACUCUCCAAUGUCAUUCAAAAUGGCCUCCGUCAAACUUUUGGCCACACAGGAGGGGAUAAACAGUAUCUGACCACAGUGAUCCCCUACGAGAAGAAAGCGGGCUCUCCGUCUGUAGAAGACCUCCAGAUCCUCGCAAAGAUUCUUCACGCCAUGAGGGAUGACAGCGAGAAGGUACCGGCCCUCCUAACGGAUUACAUACUCAAAGCUCUCGUAUGAAAGCGGAGGAACCCGAGGUUGGUGAGGUUCAGCGCAGCUCAUUGACAUCAAACGCCUCGUCGUCCUCCCCGUCUGCGCAGCAUUCCCUCCGACCAGCACCAUCAGCCUCCCUACCCACCUCCUCCGCUCUCCGCCGUGGUGCCCGUUGUGUUGUGCGGUGCUUGCAGCUGCGCUACACCCACUGGGACUGUGGGAUACACACACACACACACACAGACAAACAAUCGCACUCACGCUCAUACUUUCUUCACAUUACCAGCUUGUAGCAGCAGCUGUUGGUGUGUUUGCUUCUCACCUGCAGUCGGCGUUUUUUCCUCGUCUCUAGCCACACAUCUCUCCCGGCUCUAGCAUGAUCCACGCCCGUCCGUCACGUGCCGCGGCGUCUCUCACCGCCCGUUGUCUUUCUCUCCACAGUUCUCUGCCCCACGUAAGGUCCGACGCCAGGCUCUGGUCGCUCCGGAGUCGACCAGCCGGGGAGAGUUUUGGCCGUUUGGGGGAAAACCCAGGAACUGAUUGACAUCCAAUCCUUCCUUCCUUCUUAGUUUCCCCUGGUGGUACUUUCUGCCCCUCUUGUUCUGUUCUUUACUUCUGAUACGACUAUUAGUCUUUGUAUUUCUUUUAUUAUUUAAUAUUUUAGCUUUUUUUUUUAACCAUUGAGUGCUCCAUUCUUGUAUAUUCUGACUAUACACAUGUGCAUCUCAGGAACUGAACUCAUCGUCAAAAACGUUUAUUUUAGUGAGUUUUAGUUCAUUACAGAAAUGUUUAUUUCUGUCUGUUUAGAUGAUUAUGGUUCUCGACCAGCGGAAACUUAAAAUGCACCCUCUUUAGGACGGGUGAGCCACAAAAGGCCAACGCUAAAGAAGCUCGUUCAGAGUACAAUAGCAACCAGGGAUUAGCUUAACACCUCAUCAGUGCCGCCGGCUGAUUGCCUUCAUGCCUUCAUUUAGAUGCAGUAAUUGAUGCAACGUGAUGCGUUCACUGUA